GAAUAAUCAAUCAGACAGGAGGCGGCUUCGUCAGACCGAUUAGAUUGCGGAAGCUGUUUGUCCCAGAUUUUGGUAAGAACUCACUAUGGAUGCGGAAUACGAUGUGAUUGUUUUGGGUACAGGCCUAAAGGAGUGUAUUCUUAGCGGCCUGCUGUCCGUAGCUGGGAAGAAGGUGUUGCACAUGGACCGAAAUAAAUACUACGGCGGCGAGAGCACAUCGAUGAAUCCAUUGGAGGAGUUGUAUAAGCAUUUCAAGAAAGAUUCUCCUGGGGACGGGAUGGGAAGGGGUAGGGACUGGAACGUCGACCUUAUCCCCAAAUUCCUCAUGGCUAAUGGUCAACUGGUCAGACUGCUGAUCCACACUGGCGUAACCCGCUACCUCGAUUUCAAAGGAAUCGAAGGCAGCUUCGUGUACAAAGGCGGAAAGAUUUACAAAGUACCUUCAAACGAGAGAGAAGCUCUGGCGUCGUCAUUGAUGGGCAUUUUUGAAAAGAGAAGAUACCGCCAGUUCCUGCUGUUCGUUCAGGAAUUCAACCCUGAAGACCCGAAGACCUGGAAAAAUGUCAACCCCAAACAAACCACAUCAGAAGAGAUGAUGUCUAAAUGCUUCAACCUGGAUAAGAACACCAUUGAUUUCACAGGCCAUGCAUUUGCCCUGUACAGCAAUGAUGACUAUCUCAAGAAGCCAUGUGAGGAGACCAUUAACCGUAUCAAGCUGUACAGCGCAUCCCUGGCUGCCUACGAAGGACUGAAAUCGCCAUACCUUUACCCGCUUUACGGGCUGGGCGAAUUGCCACAGGGGUUCGCCAGACUGAGUGCCAUUUAUGGAGGUACGUACAUGCUGGACAAGUCCAUUGACGAAAUCAAGAUGGAAGAUGGGAAAGUCGUUGGUGUGCGCUCAGGCGAGGAAACCGCCAGGUGCAAGGCUGUCAUUUGUGACCCUUCCUACGCCCUGGACAAGUGCCGCAAAGUGGGCCGUGUGGUUCGUGCCAUCUGCAUCCUGGAUCACCCAGUACCAGGCACCAACGACGCCGUUUCUUGUCAGAUCAUCAUUCCUCAGAGUCAGGUGGGACGACAAAACGAUAUCUACAUAGGUGUCGUCUCCUACACGCACAAUGUCGCCGCCAAAGGCUUCUACUUAGCCAUUGUCAGCACCACUGUGGAAACCUCUGACCCCACCAAAGAGCUGAGACCAGGCCUUGAUUUGCUGGGAACCAUUCGCGAACAAUUUAUUUCUGAACAGGAUCUGCUGGAGCCUUUGGAUGACGGAACCGAAAACCAGCUUUUCAUUUCGAAGUCAUACGAUGCUAGCAGCCACUUCGAGACGACGUGCACGGACGUGCUUGACCUGUACAAGAGGGUUAUGGGUACACCAUUCGACUUCUCCAACGUGUCGUCCCGUCUAGAGCAAACAGAUGAAUGAACUCCAUAGCAAGACUGUAAUAUUUGAUUCUUGAAAUUCCAUUCCUUCUUAUUAAUGAACAUAUAUACUACACAGAAGAUCAGAGGCUGGUCUCUUAGCCCGAUCAUUGUAAUUACCUUAUUGAUUAACUGAGUGUGCCAUGAGCUGGUGGCUAGAGUAAUUGGCAGCGACAGUUCACAAGUGAUUGUUUGACCAAUUCCAUACAUUUUCAUUUACGUGCUCAUAUAUGGGUUAAAACCUGUUUAGUCAUCUGUAGUCGUGAUGUCAUUGUAGUUGUAAAGGAUUAGUGGUGUGUGGACUUUAGUGGUGAAUUUUUAAACAGUGAUGAAAAAAUAUUGUCUCGUGAUCAUGAACCAAGUGUAAGGCACAAUCGUAAAUUGUAAAAUAUUACCCGUUGUUAUCAACAAAAAAAACAUGGGGUGUAUAUAUAGGUCAAAAAGUAUGGUAACAAUAGAUUAGACAUAAUAGUCUAGUUUGUGCGUUGUCUACCCUGACUGUCAAGCAUGUUUAGACGUAUCCCCGUGAAAUACUCACAGCAAGGGAGAUCACUCCCAAACCAAACACUGUUAGAACUACAUGUAUGUUAUUAAGGCUUUAAACUAAUGAAAUAUUUGAAAAUUAAAGAGAUUUGUGUUGAUAAUAUUGUGUAAGUCAUUUGCAUGUUGGAACAAGCCUGUGCCUGUACAUGUAUAUAUACCAGUGUUUGUGAUUGUACAGUACUAGUGUUAAGCGUGCAUAAAAAUGACAGAGGCAAGAGUUGGCCUGCAAAACAUAACUCAUUCCAGAAUUAGGUUGAGUUUCUUGUCAAGCUGUUUGUAUGUGUCUUGUGAACAGUGGUUAAAUAAUAACAAAAUUAAGUGUUGUUCUUUUUUGUUUGGAAAGGGAAAAGGAGGUAACUUAUGGCAUGUUUUGUUUGCCCCAUAUUUGCACAUUGUGAACAUGGCAACAUAAAAUGUAAAUGAAAUCUUCAACAAAAACAUGCACCGUGUCAAAGUUAAUUACAUCUUCCCUGUCUAUGGCAAUCAAAACAGGUGCAAACUGUGGGGUUUUUUUCUUUUUAAAGAGCAGUUUUUCCAUGAGCAGCCACUAUGUACACCUACAUGUUAUUGCCAUGACGAUGCAUACCUUAGUUAUGAGUACAUAACUGGGCCCAGACUAAUCGGCGCAGGUUAUCACCCCAGAGUGUCUGAUGGUUGACAAAUCAAUUAGAUCUACCAGUCAGAAAUUCUCCCUGUGACAGCUGAGUAUGCUUGAGUCUGAAGAUAUUAAUUUAUCAAUGGGGCAAUAUGUUAUCAUCACUGGAACAUCUGGCCACAAUUGUCUGGAUAAAGAUGAAUGCUUGAAAAUCCUUGUAGUCAGCCUGAAGAACUCCUCAUGGUUUGUGUAACAAUGGCUAAUGGAAAAUUAAAAGUAAAAAUAGCAAUCUUACAAAAAAAUGUGUGUGAAGUACGGUCAUUUUAUGGUACAAAUCCCGAGUUUAAUGAAGGAAAAGUAAAGAUAAAUAUGUAACAGUUAUGAUCUGGUGAUACCCCUUUAUUCAUUGUAUCGAGUUCAAAGUUUUACUAUCAAUAAUUUUAACAUGCUCAGGAUACUGCUACAUUGGAGGCCACAGUUUGUCAUUGUGUGGAAAGCAGACAUUUAGGCUACAGUUCUGAGAAAGCAGAGUGAUAACUUGAAUGGCUUUGUGUGGAGGGUCUGACUCCAGUGUGUGGCUUUCAUGUACAACUACACGAAACCAACCCAUGGGCUUUAAGCACUGUUUGGAAUGGCACUACAACUUAGGGUAUUCUCAAAAAAUUCUGUGUUGGGCAUGAUGGGACCAUGUCAGACAAUAUAGGGUUGAUCUAUAGAGAAUUCUUUUUUGUUAAUUCUGCCCACUGAACAAGACGGUGGGUUUUAAGACAUUAACAUUGUGGGAAAUUUUUUUAGAAGCACAAUUUCUGUCAAAAUUGUAAUAACUUUAAAGCUGGGAUUUUGCUUGGAGGGUUGGUUGGGUUACGGCCAACAACAUACUAGUACCUGUAUACCCAUUGUGUAUUCAUUUACAAGCAAGCUACAUGUACCUCGUACAUAAUUAGUAAAUUUUCCAAUUUUCUGAUAUAAUUAAUGUUGUGAAUGUGUACUAUGUUACAGGUCAGGCAUAGAGUCAAAUAUAUUUGAUCAUGUAUUGUUACAGUACAAGUACAUUGGCUACUAGAUCAUUACUGCAGAAUUACAUGUGAUACAUAUGCUCUGUGAAGUAUGAGGAAAUAAACUGGUACAUGUAUAUGGGAUGUAAACUGUGAAUGAGGGUAACUAGAUCAGUCCGGUAAUUAAAUAAAAUGACUUCAUGUAUAUGAUGUCAGUGCAUUGUGUCAGUCAAUGCAAAGUUUCAAAACAUGUAUUAAAACACAAAUCGAUCAGUCAAGUCGAUCAAAUUAAAUUGAACAUUGGAGUUUGUUUAACUUAAUUCUACACGUAUACACCGGUUUUACACCAUACCACUUGGCUGUCUUAGUGUUUCUCUUAGCUUAGUUUUUGAUUACAUAUUCAGUGAUUUGUUGUGUUCUUGAUAGCAUUUGCAGUAUUUAAUUAUACACUAUACUUGUGCAAAAUUGUUCUAGUUGUUUUUCAUGACUUUUCACUAUUGAGACACAGGUGCCAGUGAAUUUUUCAAACGUACCGGAUGCACUUACUAUAGUUAAUUGGUUUGCUUAAUUUAAGUGUUUAAAAUUCUACGUUAUGGGUUAAUUCAGUUGUUUGUUUUUUUGUCUGCGUUUAUUCCAAAGUAGUUCUCAGUGAAGGCACAUUAAAUUUAGGGCUUUAUUUUGAUGUUCAGCAGUGUAUGAUUGCUCUGUAUCUCUGUUUUAACAAUAAUACUCUAUCAAAUUACAUUAAACUUUGUUUCAAAUUUAGACAGCAAAUUAAUAUGCUGACUUUAUAGCGAAAUGUUUUCACAACAAAAACUUAUACGAAUUCAAUUCUGUCUCCACUACUCUGCUAACCAAAUAGCAAUGUACUUAAAUAAACAUUAAAAACUUUUUUUAACAGUUGUUUCAAAAACUUCAGUCAUUUUUGCUGUUUAAAAAUCAUCUGAACACAUAGU